GUCAGGUCGAUAACAUCGCCCGAGGAUUUCGGAAGUCGUGCACCCCCGCGAGAUAGUCCGGGUUCAAACUCCGCGUGUCCUGCCUGCGCCAAAAGUCGGUAGCCAUGGCGAGCUCUUUUGAGAAGUCGGUCAAGGGCGCGACCAAGGUGAAGGCCGCGCCUCCGAAGACGAAAUACAUUGAGCACAUCCUUGUCGCAACACACGCCGGUGAGGCCGGUGUGGGAGAGGUGUUCAGAGCGUUACAGUACCGUCUCCGCGACUCAACAUGGACCAUUGUCUUCAAGAGCCUGAUCACAGUCCACUUGAUGAUCCGGGAAGGCUCGCCGGAUGUUACGCUGGCCUACCUUGCCAAGCACAAGAACAUGCUGGCCGUGAGCGUGUUUUCGGAUGCGCAAACCCAAGGCCGAAACAUCCGCCACUACUCGAACUACUUGACCGAGCGGGCCCGCGCCUAUCGGGAAACCAAGAUUGACUGGGUGCGGUACAAAGAGCCGCGGCUAGAGAAGCUUUCUGUGGAGAAGGGUCUCCUGAGGGAGACCGAGGCCAUCCAGUACCAGCUCACCGCCCUUCUCAAGUGCGACGUGAUGGAUAAUGAGCCGGAAAACGAGAUCACAAUAACCGUCUUCAGGCUGCUCGUGCUGGACCUUCUAGCCCUCUUCCAGGUUCUGAACCAGGCCCUGAUCAACAUUCUCGGCCACUUCUUCGAGCUGUCCAAGCCGGACGCCGAGAGGGCCCUGAACAUCUACCGGACCUUCACGAAACAGACGGACUACGUUGUGCAGUAUCUCAGUGUUGCCAGGCAAUACGAGCACCACACCCGAGUGGAAGUCCCUAAGCUGAAGCACGCUCCCGUGAACCUAGGCCGCCAGCUGGACGAGUAUUUGAAGGACCCCGACUUCGAAAUCCAUCGGAGACAGUAUCUGGCCGAGCUGGAGGCAAAGAAGUCUAAAGGCGCGUCCGCGGGGGCGUCCAAGACGGCCAAGUUCGACUCGGCGAAAUUCUCGUCCAGCGCAAACACGAAUGAGCGACCAUCACAAGCACCGGCGAAAUCAGAGCCUCCCAAAGUCCCGGACGGCGACCUGAUUGACUUUUUCGAGUCGAUCGAGCAGAAUCAGACGCCCAUGGCCGUGCAACCGCCGCAGCAACAGCAGCAGCAGCAGCAGCAGCAGCCCCAACCGCAGGCGCAGAUGCAGAUGGGCAUGUCACCGUGGGGCCCAGCGCCUUUCCAGCCACAGCAAUCACCUCCGCAGCUCUCGACCGGUUUUAUUUCCCAGAGCCCCGCGUUUGGCUCCAACAGUCCGUUCCAACAACAGGACCAAGCCGCCUUCUCUCCGGCCGGGCAGACGACGCCCCAGCAGAUGCAGCCGGCUUUCACCGGCGCCGGCUUCGGGGGGUUCUCCCCCCAGUCCCAAACUACUGGCUUCCAGCCCAACACCCUUUCGCCGAUCCCGCAAGACUCGGUUGCCAAUUUCCAGAGUGCCACCACGUCGGCCUCGUUCCAGGGCCUCCAGGCCCCACAGCAGACCACUAACCCGUUCCGCCAGUCUAUGCUCGUGAACCAGCAGACAGGCACCACCCCUUUCGGCCCUGCCGCUGCGCAAGCCAACACGCAGCAGCGGCCCGCCACAAGCCAAUCCACCAACCCUUUUGCCCGCUCAUCUCCCCAGGCAGCCCAGCCGUUCAGUACCCCAACGUCGAGCUCCCCAUUCCAGUCCUCCCAGCCCGCCCAGUCACCCACGAGCCAACCUCCUCCCUUGCAGCCGCUUCAGACCGGGACGAACCCGUUUGCCAAAAACUUUGGCGCCGGACAGCCGGCCCAGCCAACCCAACAGCGGCCUGUUACGGCGGGUGGUAUUCUCUCUCAGCCUACCGGGAGCACGAAUCCUUUCCGCCAAAGCGCUUUUGUCAACCACAAUACCGGCUUGGGCUGGCAGCAUAACCAAAAGCCAAUAGGCGGUGGGCUCGACCAGCUCGAGACGAUCCCGGUCUUCCCCCGGCCGGCGCAACAAACGCCUUGGCAGCAAUGAGGGGGGGGGGGCCGCUACUUUAACCUCCCCAGUGCCGGCGGUGGUUAUGUUGACGUGGCGGGACAUUAGGGGGAGAAAUGUUGGAAGAAGCCAAGCCAGGGAUGAUAGCUUGCGGUAGCGCUGGGUUAUUCGUUCGUUUGGCAGCAUAUAGCGUGGCGUUUGGGUAUGGUAAA